AAGUAGCAAUAAAACAGUCAUUAUCAGUCAACAGAGACGGACAGAGUAGGAGACAGGGACAGAGAGAAACACAGAGGUUUUAGAUAUUAAAAUAUAAAACAGAUCUAUUGUAGAAAACAGUCUUGUUUGUAGAUGAAGCAUGGCUUUUGGGUGUAACGGAUAAAUAUAAAAACUGUGCCAAGAGGUGUUUACUCCGACCACAAACCGGUUUGAUAAUGGAGAAAGUUUUGCAUUUAGUAUUGCUGUCUAUGGUUCCUGUAUUGGGACAAGUACCUGUACCUGAUGUUGGCAAUGUUUCAGUAAUUUCCCGAACAGAGACUGAGUUAACUUUAGAAUGGAGUAUAGUCGGAAACAAUACUGAUUACUCUUAUGUGCUGAAAAGCAGCACUGAAAAAGAGACGAAUAUCAGUGCACCACUCACUGGUACUGAUGUGAGACAUAAUGUCUCUUCUCUGUCUGCUGGCACUUAUUAUUCAUUUACUCUCUACACUGUGUUAAAUGAAAACAGGAGUAGUGGAUAUGACUUCUCUGCUGUGACAGCUCCUUCUAAUGUUUAUAACAUUACAGCGAUUGACCAAACGGACACUGAAAUUAAAUUACAGUGGGAUAUAGUCAAUGGCAACAAGAAUUACUCUUAUGUGCUAAAAAACAGCAAUGGAGCAGAGUCUGAAAUCAGUGCCCCAGAAAAUAGUACUAAAGUGACAUAUGAAGUCCGUCUGCUGUCUCCUGCUACUAAAUAUUCAUUUACUCUCUACACUGUGUAUGAAACAGUGAGAAGCAGUGGAUAUAACUUCUCCAGUGCGACCACUCCUCCUAAUGUUGAUGACAUUACAGUGAUUGACCAAACAGAGACUGAAAUUAAAUUACAGUGGGAUAUAGUCAAUGGCAACAAGAAUUACUCUUAUGUGCUAAAAAACAGCAGUGGAGCAGAGUCUGACAUCAGUGCCCUAGAAAAUAGUACUAAAGUGACAUAUGAAGUCCGUCUGCUGUCUCCUGGGACUAAAUAUUCAUUUACUCUCUACACUGUGUAUGAAACAGUGAGAAGCAGUGGAUAUAACUUCUCCAGUGCGACCAUCCCAUCCAAUGUUGCUGAAGUGUCUGUGGUGAACCGUAAUGACAGUUAUUUGAUCUUACAAUGGAGGAUUGUAACAAAUGGAGACGACAGCACAUAUAACUACUCUCUGGAAUACAGAAAUGAAUCAGUGGUGGAAACCAUUAUUAUAAAUCCAGAUGGGAAUUCUCCGGUAGAAUGUAAUAUAUCAGGUUUAAUUCCUGCAACAAAUUACAGCUUCACUCUCUACACCAUAUUUGAUGACUUGAGAAGUAAAGGAUUUAACUUCACCAACUCGACAACUCUAUCUGAAGUAACUCAGGUGAGAGUGACAAAUCGCUCACAGACAUAUUUGGCUAUUGAAUGGGAUAAGCUGAACAAAAACAACAUCUACAACUACACUUUGAGUCAAAGUGAUGGAAAAGAGAUGGAACAUUUUUCUGGAGAUAACAAUAAUGACGUGAUUAAAUAUAAUCUAUCCAAUCUCAGCCCGGGAACAGAAUAUAAAUUUACUCUCUUUACUGUGGUAAAAGACACCAAGAGUGCAGGAUACAACUUUAAGAAUGUCACCACUAUUGACUGUGAACUCUUUGACUGGCAAGUCACCAACUCAUCAAUAAAAGCUGAAGUGAAUGGCAGCACAGAUGUCACAGCUAGAAACAGCACCGGCGGUGAAGUGAAAGGAACUUUUGAGCAAAAUCACGUGAAUCUUACAGAGCUUGACCCUGGCGCAAGAUACACUGUUUUACUGUGGUAUGACUUAGAGUCACAGAAGCAUCUACAAUGCUCAAAAACUUUGACAUUAGAUCCUAAUAGUGUAUCUAGUCUGCACUGUAAUCACAUCUCUGGGGGAUAUGGUCUGGCUGUGGUGUGGGACACAUCUGGAAUUGUGGAUAAAGUGCAGGUGGAUGUUGCAGGAAAAAGUUUCAACCAAUCUGAGAGUAAACUGGAGGUAAAGGGACUGCAAGUUGCAAAGUGGUACAAAGUGUCAGCGACAUCAUUCUCUGAUGACAGGAUGGGUCCUACAGUAUCAGUCAACUGUCAAACUGACCCAGCAGGAGUUAUAGCAGGUGUUCUUGUGUCUCUCCUGUUAAUCAUCAUUAUUUUUGCUGGUAUCUUUUUAUGGCGCCGCAAGCUGAAGCAUGCUGGAGGGUCUAAAAGACAUGACGAGCCAAAAAAAACUAACAGCACAUACAAACCUAUUCCUAUGGAGAGAUUUCCAGAACAUUUUCGAAACAUGAGUCGUGAUCAGAACAGAGGUUUCAGUGAGGAAUAUGAGGACUUAGGCGUAGUGGGUGUAGAACAAUCGAAAACUACAGCUGAAAUGCAUGAAAACAAGAGCAAAAACCGAUUCACCAAUGUUUUACCUUAUGAAUGUUCAAGAGUACAUCUAUUAAUAAAUAAUGAGGAUGAUUCUGAUUAUAUAAAUGCCAACUACAUGCCUGGUUAUGGCAACGCGAGUAGACAGUACAUUGCUACUCAAGGUCCACUCCCCUCUACAGUCAAUGAUUUCUGGAGAAUGAUCUGGGAGAGAAGAUCACAGGGCAUCGUUAUGGUAACCAACUGCCUUGAAAGAGGAAUUGUUAAAUGUGAGCAGUACUGGCCAUUGGAUUACACACCCUGUCUCUACGGAUAUUUGCUUGUCACAAUCACAUCUGAGGACAAAGCACAAUGCUGGACUUUGCGAGAAUUUGCUGUUAAAAAUAAAAACACCUCAGAGACACGGACGGUGAGGCAUUUCCACUUCACUGCGUGGCCAGAUCAUGGCGUUCCCUUAGGCACAGGGGAGCUGAUCCGAUUCAGAGGACUCAUUCGGCAGCACAUCGAGAGCACUCCUUCUUCAGGACCAACAGUUGUACACUGCAGUGCUGGAGUGGGCAGGACGGGUACACUGAUCGCCCUGGAUGUUCUGAUACAGCAGCUGGAAAGAGAGAAGGCAGUGAGCAUUGCAGGAUUUGUACAGAGAAUGAGACUUAACCGGCCACUCAUGGUUCAAACUGAGUCUCAGUACGUCUUCCUGCACCAGUGCAUCAUGGAUAUCCUGCAAUCUAAAGACAUUCCUCAACCAGAAGAUUCUAUCUAUGAAAACUCAGACAUAAUCUUUGCCAAUGCAGUGGCUUUAAAGGAAUAUGAAAAAGCGAAUCAAAUAUAAUAAACAAAGUAUGACCAUAACAUUACAAAAUGUUUGUAUAGUUAGCUUUAUUUUGUCUUUCAAACAGUAAUAUAAAGAUAAAGUCAUAAAACGUAACUGUUUAAAAUGUAUUGCAGCAUUAAUUUAGUCUUGUUGAAAUAUUGCUAUAUUCAGCAUUCAAUACUGCAUUGUGCUAAAUAAAACAAUUCACACACAACAAAGAAACACUUAAGGUUACAAUAACCUUUGCCUUAACAUGUCAAUAAAAAAAACUAAGUAUCAGAUAAAGACACACUCUACUUCCAACAGAUUUGGUUAUGGUGUGUUUAGCUGGAACAGUUUACUAUUUACACCUAAACUGACUGUUAACAACUGCAUGUCUCUGUAUAUAGUUUUAUUUUUGUAAUAAUGUAAGAGGUUAAGUUAACCUCUAAAGUUGUAAAAAUUGAAAAGGAAAGUUUAUUUUAUAUAUGUUGCAAGUAUGAUUCGUUUAAGCUUAGCAUUUUAGGUCAUUACACACUUAAAGUGAAUAUGCAAAGUGUAUGUGAUUUAACCAUUAAAGGUUUUCUUGUUAGUCAUGAAAAACUGCUUGACUUUAAAGUUGGGUAGGACUGAGGCUGUUUGUUGACAUAAAUGCUACUUAAGAGACAACAAAAUAUG